CUCUCUCUCUCUCUCUCUCUCUGUGUCUCUUACCAGCGCAACGUCUCGUCUUUACCCUUUCUUCGACUUGGACUUGAUUUCUUGGAAUUCAAUCUCCGAACUUCGGACUGAUAUAUAAAUACAUAUCUCGUCUUGCGUGACAGUCGUUUUUUGUUUAUCUAUUUCAAUAUGGAAACCCUAGGCUUUCGUUUGGGUUUCUAGGGUUUGUUGGUAAUCACAGAGGCUUGAAGUUUGACCUCAGAUGCUUGUGUGUGCUUGUUGAUUGAUUGAAGUUUUCAAUGGCUAACGAUACGAAGUCAGAUGAGCUUUUGGUUUCUUCGAUUCGGAGUGGUAAUAAGCGCGAAUUUGCCUUGAUGAUGAAGCAACAAUCGGAAUGUGCGGUGCUGCUAGGUCGGAAACGAGUGACGAGGUCGCAGACUGGGGUUUUAAUCAAUGGUGCUUUGAAUAAUUCGAGUCAUAAGAACGUUAAGAGCUGUGAUUUGAAGGAAAGAAAGAACGAUGCGAAAAUGACCUCGUUGGACGAUGAAUUGAUGGCUGAUUUGGAAAAACUUGUGAAUGACGAAGUUGUAGUGAAUGAUAAUGGCAAUGAGAUUGGAUAUGAUAAGGAGAAGUUGGAUAUGGUGGGUGAAGAGGAGGAGCCCAAGAGCGAUGUGGUGGAUUUUACCAGCGAUGAUGAGAGAAAGAGUAAUUUGGUGCAAUCAGCCAUUAGAGAGGAAGAACCUAUCGAGGUGGCGCAGAAGCCAAUAUAUGAAGUAGAAAUCAAGAGCGAGAAGGGUUUGGAAAACGAGAGUGUGGAUGCUACACGGGUUAAUAUAGGUGAAGAGGUGAGCGACAAAGGUUUGGAAUCCAUGUGUGAAGACUUGCCCAAGACAGAGGAUCAGGUUAAACAGAGCAAGUCGGUGAAAUUUCCGAUCAAUGAGAGUGUGGAAAAAGUUCAAGUUGAAACGCCUUUCACAGAAUUGGGAAAUACUGUGGGAUGUUCAGUUCUCGUCGGUGAUGGAAUUGGACAGAGUACUUUGGUUGAGAAACCCAUGAGACGGAUUACUCGUUCACUGUUGAAAUCGAAGGGGCGGGUAUCAGAGGCAUCGGGGACAAAUCAUGUGAAAACUGAUGAAGUGGCGGAGAGUGAUGUGUUGAGUGCAGCGGUUAAUCCAGCUAAGAAGUUGGAAAUGAAGAUGUCAAAGAAGGUUGAAUUAAAGAGAUCUCCGACAAAUUUGAAGGAGCUUCUGGGAACUGGUUUGCUAGAGGGUAUAGCUGUGCGGUACAUUUGUGGUUUGAUGGUGAGAGGAUCAUCAGAAACAGGACUUCAAGGAAUCAUCAAAGGCUCUGGGAUAUUGUGUUUUUGUGAUAGGUGCAAUGGAACUGAAGUUGUGACCCCAAAUCAAUUUGAGUUGCAUGCCGGUGGUAGAAAUAGACAUCCGCCAGAGUAUAUAUAUUUGGAGAAUGGAAGCACCCUUCGAGAUGUGUUAAGUGCAUGCAAAAAUGCUCUGCCAGACUCUUUGGAAGCAACUAUUCAAAUGGCAACUGCUGGUUUGCCUGGAAAAAAUCCUAGUUUUUGUCUGUAUUGCAAAGGGUCUGUGCCUGAAGCUGUUACGGGUAAAACAAUGCUACUAUGCAAUUCAUGUGUGGUCUUAAAAGAGUCUCAACCUUGCUCUGCUCAAAUGAGUGAUAACAACUACAGGUCUCCAAUAUCUGUUUCCGUUACUAAGUCAUCUAACCGCCUGUGCUGUUCAUCCCAAACUAAGGGUUCGGGAAGAUUAACUCGAAAAGAUCUGCGGAUGCAUAAGUUGGUAUUUGAGGAAGAGGGACUGCCUGAGGGAACUGCAUUAGGUUAUUAUGGUCGUGGACAGAAAUUACUUGAGGGUUAUAAGAAAGGUUUUGGAAUCUUCUGCUUGUGCUGCAACAGUGAGGUACUAUUAUUGCCUGCAAAUCAUAUUUUAUCUGCAUAUUAUGUUGACCUGCUUUACCUUUUUGAACAGGUAAGCCCCUCGCAAUUUGAAGCUCAUGCUGGAUGGGCUUCGCGGCGCAAACCUUUCCAAUACAUAUAUACGUCCAAUGGGGUGUCCCUCCAUGAGUAUUCAAUCAGUCUUUCAAAAGAUCGGAAGUUUUCUGCAGAAGAAAAUGACGAUCUUUGCUCCAUAUGUGCAGAUGGAGGGGAUCUUUUGUGUUGCGAUACUUGCCCAAGGGCUUUUCACACAGUGUGCAUCUCUCUGCCAAGCAUUCCCCAGGGCAAGUGGUACUGUAAGUAUUGCGAGAAUAUGUUCCAAAAAGAAAAGUUUGUGGAGCAUAAUGCCAAUGCUGUUGCUGCUGGAAGAGUUGCAGGAAUUGAUGCACUGGAACAAUUAAAUAAGCGGUGCAUUCGUAUUGUUGAAACUGUUGAGGCUGAGGUUGGCGGAUGCAUGUUGUGCAGGGGACAUGACUUCAGCAAAUCAGGAUUUGGCCCCCGUACAGUCAUUCUUUGUGAUCAGUGUGAGAAGGAAUAUCAUGUUGGCUGUUUGAAGGAGCACAAUGUGGAUGAUCUAAAGGAAUUGCCGAAGGGAAAAUGGUUCUGCGGCACAGAUUGCAAUAGGAUUCAUUCUGCUCUGCAAAAACUGUUAGCUGAUGGAGAGGAAAAGCUUCCCUACUCCCUGCUGGAUGUCAUAAAGAAGAAGCAAAAGGAAAAAGGUUCAGAAGGCAGUAUUGAUCUUGAUGUAAGAUGGAGACUUCUUUGUGGGAAAAUGGCUUCUGAUGAAUCUAGACUGUUGCUUUCCAAUGCUGUAGCUAUCUUCCAUGAAAUAGGGAACACAGCAGCUAAUUGCGUAGAAUGUGGAUAUGAGCAGGAACAGAGUGGCUUAAAGGGGAACACAACCAUGGGUUUUCUAGGGUUUAUAUUGACUCAAGAGAGCUGGGAAAAUUGA